AUGGAGGCUGUGCCUCGGAUGCCAAUGUUAUCGUUUGAGCUGAAACAAAGUCCAGAAUAUGUCGAUUUCGGGCCAGUUUUGAAGCAGUAUAUUCGUGAUAACUAUGGAGAAGACCCAGCUCAGUACAACAAGGCAUGUAAUGAUUUGGAACAACUGCGACAGAGUGCUGUACACGUUUCGCAUGACUUUAUGGGAUGCAGUACUCUGAAGAAAUAUUAUGCCCAGCUGCAGUUCUUACAGGGACGAUUCCCUAUGGGAGAGGCUGGAGAGGCAGCAAUACCCUUUACAUGGGAGGACAUUCACCUUGGCCGAGAGAUCACAAUUGGUGAUGCCAAGUUUGAACAAGCAUGUAUCUUGUACAACAUUGGAGCUCUCCACGCUAUCCUGGGAACUAUGGAAACCAGACAAAGUGCUGAUGGAAUGAAGGUAUCGUGCACUCACUUCCAGUGUGCUUCCUGGGCAUUUGAGUAUCUGCGGGAUCACUUUGGCUGCUCCUUGAUGAGUGCAGAUAUGUCACAUGACCUUUUGACCUUUCAGAUGAACCUUAUGUUGGCACAAGCCCAGGAGUGUAUUCUAGAGAAGUCAAUGAUAGACAGUAGGAAAUGUUCCAUCACUGCCAAGGUGGCCACACAAAUUGUGGAAUUCUACCGAACAGCGUACCGUAACCUGGAGGCUUGCUACAGCGACGGACUCAUUAGCUCCCGGAAGAAUAAGGAAUGGAAGAAACGUAUGGACAUUAAGAUCUUAUUUUACCAGUGUAUAACCCACUACUACAUGGGGCGACAGGCCGAGGAACAACAGAAGGCCGGUGAAAACCUCGCCUACUACACAGCCUCCAGGGAUAAACUUAACGAAUGUAUGAAACUGGCAAAGAAUGAAGGUCAGGAUAUCCAGGAAUCUCUGAGGUUCACCAACGAUGUUGUGACUGCAAAGUUUACCCAGUCUAAAAAGGACAACGACUUUGUGUACCAUGAGAAAGUGCCAGCGAUGGAUACGCUGCCUGAGGUCAAAGGAGCAUCUUUGGUGAAAGGAAUCCCAUUCAACCCUAACGACCCUGAAGUGUCUGGACAAGAUAUCUUCCAGAAGUUGGUCCCAAUGAAGGCUCACGAGGCCUCCUCUUUAUACAGUGAGGAGAAAGCCAGGCUUCUCAGAAAAGUAGGCGGCGACAUUGAAGCAAAGAACGAACAACUCAUCCAGUUCAUGUCGUCCCUACAACUAGACCAGGCCCAAUUAACCAAUGAACAGGAACGGCUGCCCCAGCAGUUACUGGAGAAGUGUGCAGCUAUCAGCGUCCGCACUAACGCCAUCAAGGAUUUGGUCGACUCUAUGGGAGCUGUGUCUAAUGUUGCUACCGAGGUGGACUGUGCCAUAAGGGAGAUAAACCAACUACUACAGGAGGAUACUGAGGCAGACGAGGAGUUUGAGAAGCAGUUUGGGAAGCGAUCACCCAAUACUAUGUUGCCAGGGAUUAAAAAGGAAUGUGACCUUUAUGAGGAAGGUCACAAGAAAGGCAGCCAAUCAAAUAAUGACUUACAUAGAGCUAUGAAUGCACAUGUGGCCAACCUCAAGUUACUGAGUUCUCCAUUGGACGAGAUCCAGAAAGCUCUUCCCUCAUUAGAUAAGGAAAAAAACCCAGAGGAUGACGUGGUGGUCAAAGAGUUACAGCGACUUCUCGGUAAGGUGGAGGAGAUGAAGGCGCAGCGAACACAUCUUGAAGAGGAGCUCCGCAACCAAGUAAAAAAUGAUGACAUCACCAGCGUCAUUGUGACCCAGGAAGAGACCAAUAAAGAGAAACUGUUUGAGGAGCAGCUGAAGAAACAUGAAGAGAAAGUGGCCUUGAUAAACCAGAACUUGGCAGCCCAGGAUAACAUCCUACGAGCUCUGACGGACAGCAAUGCCAAGUACGCCAGUCUUAGGCGUACUACUGUGGACACUGGAGCUAGGCGAGAAGGAAUGAUUCGAGAUCUGAUCAACUCCUAUGAUGUUUAUGAGGAUUUGAUGGCCAAAUCUCAGAAAGGUUUGGAGUUUUAUCGGAAGCUGGAGGCGAAUGUAACACGCCUGUUGGACAGAUGUCGGGGCUUAUGUAAAGUCCAGCAUGAGGAACGGGAGCAAAUUAUAAAUCGAUACAAACCCAAAGUCUCUGCACCAACAAGACCAAUGGCACCCAAACCAGGGAAGACGGACAGCCCUGGACCUCCAGACUCUCCUGUCCCUGGCAGAGUACUUAAUCAGCUCGGACCCGUUUCCAUGCAUCAAGACAACAUUCCAGGACAAGCAUCACUGCCUAGCUCACAACCACCGCCAGGGUCCGGCGUGAUCACAGGAUUUGAAGGCCCAAAAUUGAAGGAUUUUCUGCCUUUUAUGAAACCAAAGACUUUUGGCAAGGAUAGUCCAAGUGCUAAGAGAAACAAAGCUCAGGAUUCCGAUACACGUUCUCUUCCUGGAAGUGUACCAGACUCACCAGUUCAUUUCCCAGCUGGGACUGGAAGCCUCCCUGGAAGUCUCUCUGGAAGUCCUUUCCAGAGCAUGGACAUGCCAGGUGGAUAUGGUCCUGGGGCAAGUGAAGUGGAUAUGAAGGCAGCCAUGCUCCGGGGUAGUAUGUCCUAUCGCCCAGAUCCUAGACAGACUGUGAUGCAAAGGCAGGACAGUAAGGGAUAUCCCAGUCCUGCAGGAAGUCCAGGGCUUCUUAGCCAGUCCCCAGCCCACUCCCCCUCACCACAACCAGGAUACAACCCACCAGCUGUCCCCUCAACUGUGUCAGGGGUGUCCCAGACUCCCAGGAUCCAACAACUGCCUGCCAACCUGACAGACACACAAAGGCUUCAGCAGAUUACUCAACCCCCAGGUGGCCCACAGGGACCUCAUAAUGCCCCACCUCACCCAGGGGGCCCACAGGGACCUCAUAAUGUCCCACCUCACCCAGGGGGCAUGCAGAGACCCCAGAAUGUCCCUCCUCACCCAGGUGGCCCACAGGGACCUCAUACUGUCCCUCCUCACCCAGGGGGCAUGCAGAGACCCCAGAAUGUCCCUCCUCACCCAGGGGGCAUGCAGAGACCUCAGAAUGUGCCACCCCAUUUAGGUGGCCCUCAGGGACCUCAAAAUGUCCCAUCCCACCUAGGUGGCCCACAGGGACCUCAAAAUGUCCCAUCCCACCUAGGUGGCCCACAGGGACCUCAAAAUGUUCCAUCCCACCUAGGUGGCCCACAGGGACCUCAGAGUAUCCAAUCUCAUUCAGGGGGAAUACAAGUGCCCUCACAGACACCACUGCCUGGUCAGUACAGAAAUGAAGAGAUUUCAGUGGCACAAGUCCCCAUGUCUCAAGUGAUGGGAACCCAGCAACACCAGACGGGGACAGGCACAAACACUGUGUCUACUAUACACACUCCAGUUAUCUCCCCUGCCAACUCCUCACCAUCUGUCCAUCAGCACUAUAGGGAACUGCCAGCAACUUCACAGCACCAAGGGUUACCCCAACAACCACAGGGGCAGCAGAAAUCAGGAUUCCCCCAGCAGAUUCAACAACAACAACAAUUUCUACAAUCUCAACAACAACAACAACAAUUAUCACAACAACAAAUGCAAAACCAGCAACAGCUACAGUUACAACAACAGCAACAACAAUUAUCACAACAACAAAUGCAAAACCAGCAACAGCUACAGUUACAACAGCAGCAACAAAAUCAGCAUCAGUUAAUACAGCAACCAUAUUCUGUGCCUCAUUCUGUAUCACAACAACAGUUACCACAACAACAGUUACCACAACAACAGUUACCACAACAACAAUUACUACAGCAACAACAGCACUUACCAGAACAACAAUUAUCUCAGCAUCACCAGUUUUCCCACCAAUUACCAAAUCAACAGUUAUCACAGCAACAACAGUUACCGAAGACACAACAGGUGGCACAGCAGCCCCAGUUUGUACAGCAACAUAGAUCGACACCAACUCCACCACAGCAGAUUCCUAGUCAUUCUACAGCACAAAAUGUAGUUCCUGUAUCUGCAGGGAGCCAGGCUGCCCCUCUCCAGGGCUAUCAGACAGAGAUGUAUCCCCAGGGGCAGUCAACAGGAACAACAAUGUAUCCUCAAACUAAUCAGGCACACCUGUCCAUGGCCAGCGGUCAGAUGCCUCAGUCAGGCCAACAAACUUUGGGGCAAUCACCAUACCAACAAACAGGCAGAGGUUAUCCUGUACAACAGGUCUCCGGGGCAACGCCGUUACCACAGCAACAAUCUCACCCAGGUCAAGGUCAUCAAACACAGCAGGUGUUCAUGUCUCAAAGACAGACUACUCCUUAUCAACAACAGUUACAGGGACAACAACAACAGAUACAGGGACAACAACAGAUACAGGGACAACAACAGUUACAAGGACAACAACAAUUACAGGGACAACAACAAUUACAGGGACAACAACAGUUACAGGGACAACAACGGUUACAGGGACAACAACAGAUACAGGGACAACAACAGUUACAGGGACAACAACAGUUACAGGGAAGACAACAGAUACAGGGACAACAACAGUUACAAGGACAACAACAGUUACAAGGACAACAACAGUUACAGGGACAACAACAGUUACAGGGACAAUAUAAUACUGGUCAGAUGAUGGCUGGUCAGAAUGCUCAAGGACGACAAAGUCCAAUAGUCACUCAGCAGUAUGGACAGCCAGUAAAUCAAAAUCCUGCAAAUGCACAGGGAACACAGCAGCCAGGGCGACAAGGUCAACAAUUACCAGGGCAACAUGGUCAAGGAGAAAAAUUAAUAGGGCAGCAAGGUCAAGGUCUAAUCAUGCCAGGUCAAGGUCAAGGCCAACUUAUGCCAGGACAACAAAGCCAAGGUCAAGUAAUUCCAGGGCAACAAGGACAAAGAUUAACUGGUCAGCAAGGUCAAGGUCAAAUGAUGCCGGGAUGUCAAGGUCAAGUAAUUCCUGGGAAGCAAGGUCAAGGUCAGAUAAUGCCAGGACAGCAAGGUCAAGGUCAAGUGUGGCCUGUAGGCCAACAAGGUUAUUUGCAGGGUCAGCAGAAUUAUGUGCAAGGUAACCAAGGUCAGCAGGUCGUACCACAACAACGGAGUACAAUUCCACAGCAACAAGCUCCAGUGUCUAUCCAGAGCCAGUAUUCCACCCCACGUCUCCCUAGUCAGGCUGGUGGUACAUUUACACGACCUCCUCAUCCUUAUCUAAACAUAGGCCAACCUGGGACAACAUAUGGACAUGGCCCAGUCGUAUCCCAGAAUCCUUUGUCCCCUGACGUGAUGCAGGUGUCCCUGCCCUCGCCACUUCAGCCCAUGUUGCCUAGUCAGGGACCGAAGCCCGAAGCCACUGUUGAGCCCGAGAGGGAUGUCCCUGCUAGUGUGGUCCAACUGGCUAAGGAUCUGGAGGCGGUGGACCUCUCUCCCAGUCACAAGCCAAAUGUUGGCUCUCAGCCAAGUGUUAAUCCGUCACCUCCACUCGUCAGUAAGUCUCCUCAGGUUGUAAAUCUCCCACCUACCCAGCCAGUUCACCCCACCCCGGGGCCAGUCAAAGCCACUCCACCACAGACACUAUCCCCCACCACCCAGACAAGUCAACCCCCUACACAGCCUCCGGCUGUCCCGCCUGGUGACUCCACCAGGAGCCAAUCAAAGGACAUUUCACAUCAAACCCACAAAAGGAAUCUCUCGGUGUCUUCGAACACUUCCUUGGAUGAUAUUUUGUCCUCAAGUCCUACUGGGCGUGGCAACGAUGUUAUGACCCCAAAAGUGUUGACAGCGCAGGAGAUUCAACAGCAGAAAGAGGAGGCACUCAUGAAGGGAAACGUUUCUCGACAGAUGUCACGUGAUCCGUACUCGGACAUUUGUGCUAGAGACAAGUUCGUGAGUGAGACGGAAAAGCUGGCUAAGUUUGUCGAGGGACUGGACAAAACUACCUGUUCUGGUCCUACUCAACUUGACAUAGCCUGGAAGGAAUUGAUUGAUGAACAAGAGAAGGAAGGAAGGAAACUACCAAUGGCCAUCGCCCGGUGUUACACCAUGAAGAACAGAGAGCUGGAUGUGAUGCCUUAUGAUGAGACACGAGUGAUAUUAUCAUCACACAAAGAUGACUACAUCAAUGCUAGCUGGAUCAAUGAGUUAUCACCAUCAUGCCCCAAGUUUAUUGCCACUCAAGCCCCUCUGCCUAGCACGGUCCUGGAUUUCUGGCUGAUGGUAUAUGAACAAGGCGUUGAGGUCAUCGUUAUGUUAUCCAGUGAACUAGAGACAGGCAAGAAGUUUCCGGAAUACUGGCCUCUACAGAAGGGUCAACUGAUCCACCACGGAUCACUGACCGUGACCUUACAGAGUGUCAAGGACAAGCAACUUUGGACUGAGAGGAUUAUGUACCUAAACCAUCCUGAGAAACGACAGGGUAGAACAAUAGUACAACUACAGUAUAAAAACUGGCCAGUCAGUGGUUUUCCAGAGAAGGUUCCUCACAUACUUCAGUUCAUCACUGAGGUCCACAGCUUUUACAGACAACAGAGGAGCCUACUGAAGCCUGUUGUAGUUCACUGCAGUACUGGUAUUGGACGGACUGGAACUUUCUUGAUGAUAUACACAUGUCGACAAGAGAUUGACCACGGAAGUGGUAUCAUCAAUAUACAAGACAUCGCCAAGAAGAUUUUAUGUCGUCGACGACACGCCAUCAGGGAAAAGUCCCAGCUAAAAUACUGUUAUGAAGCCACACUGUACUACGCACAAGAUAUCUUGGCACAGCGAGGUAUCUUGGUACACAAGGCAUCGUUUGGUGAUAAGUUGCCGCAGCCAGGAGAAAAAACCAACCAGUGGACUCCAACAGAAGAUGUUGUGUUUGGUAAUCUUAGUUUCAAGACACUUCAGAGCAAUAUGGCGAAGAUGGGAAUGAGCGUGGACAACAUUGUGGAACCGACGACACAGGAGAAAGUGGAAUUCACCAAAGUUAGCGACGAUCCACGCGGAAGUCAAGACAAGGAAUCAAAGCCCUUGUUGAGUGGUCUACCGGACGUGGUCCAACGCACAGACACAUCGCAAUUGAUCGAACAUGUGGCUGAAAUAGAUCAGUCUGUUCAAUUAAAUGAUAAGAGUGUGAUAAAAAAUGCAGAUUUGGAUUCGCCAUCAGGAAGCAUGGAGAUCAGUCAAUCUAGUUCAGAAAUGUCGUUGAGAAGCAAUGAAGGUAUACCGGGACAUGUGUUAAGUGAUGCAGGUGUGGGGUCAGGUGUGGGGUCAGGUGUGGGGUCAUCGGAAGGGUCACCUGUACACCUGCCAGAAAAGGAUGGGUCACUUCCUGUUUCCCUUGCAGAUCUACAGGAUCCAAAGACAUUUACACUUGGCGCUGCAACAGGGAAGAAAAAGGUGACUAAAGCCAGUUUUACAGAGAGUCAUUCAUCGUUAAUGGAUUCCGCCUCGGAUCCCUCGGAUCCUCUCAGCUCACUGGAUCCCUUAUGGACCAUCAACAAAAAAUGAGCUGGAAUGAACUUGUGCUUAGACUUUCAAUUUUCAAUUAAAUAUUCAUUGUUUUAACAGUCCUUAUUUUGUGUGAGGUAGAUUUUCCUAAUUUAGCUGUUCAGUAAGAAUUUACUUACAUAACUUACAUCAAAGUUACAAAUAUCUUUACACUUGUAGAAUGAAAGUACAUAUGUGAUACAUGUUUUUUUCCGAUGAGAGUAAAGUUUCAAGGUUAGUUUGUAUCAGGGUUACAAUGUUGUUGAAUGGGGUGGAUCUCAAUUUCCCCACAUUUUGGAGAACAAGCCAAGGGAAGCUGUUGGAAGCCGAAGGGUCUUGCAUGAAUAUAUAUAGGGGAUGGCACUAGGUUAUAUAAAUAUACACUACCAGUUGGAAAUAUAUAGAUGAUUCUGUUUUGUAUAAAGUGCUUUAUCAAAAUUGUGAAUUACCUUAUCCAUGGAAAUCAAAGUAUUUUUGUUCAUUUUCAGAGGUAAAUAAUCCAUUAAAGCUGAGAUGAAAUUUUGAUAAUUUGAAAAAUUGGAUUCUGACCCACCUCUAUUAGGGGAAUGAUUUGUAUCCUGUCCAACCUCUAGAAAUUUAUAAUAAGGGAUCUAGAUCUUCAAGAAUGCUGCUGGACAUUGAAUCUGUGAACUAAAAAUUUUAAAUGAAAUUUACAGCUAUCAUGUGAUGGCCAUGUUAUUGAACAUGUCCCAGUUGCUACAUUUCCAUAAUACAAGAAUGUACCAGAGAUAUUGCUGUUUACCUGAUAAAGAAUUUCCACAUGGUAGGUCAAAAGAACAAAUAGCAUUUUAUGUACAAGUAUAUUAACUCAGGUGACUGUUAAGACCUUCCAGCCUCUUGGUGAGAAUAAUUUUGGCAGGAUAUUCACUUUAAAAUAUUUCAAGAGUAUUUACUGUAAGUCUGCUUUGAUAUAUAAUGUAGUUUUCCAAAGUACUGUGAGAAUAAUGAUACUUUAGGGGGGAAAUGGUGUAACUGAUAUUGUGAUUAUUGAAUAUUUUCUUAUUUAAACUGUUCAUGGCUUUAUAUGAUUUGAGUUUUUCUUCUAAGUCAGAAUUUUGUGAUUGACUACUUGAAUGUUAGACGGAAAAAGCUCACUGUGAUAAGUGUUAUUUGUAAUAUAUAUGUCUGUAGCAAGAGUUGGCUUUGAUGCGAGUACCAGCAAGCUUUGAUGCGAGUACUUAGCAAGCUUUAAUGCGAGUACUUAGCAAGUGCCAUCAAGCUUUGAUGUGAAUACCAGCAUGCUUUGAUGGGUACCAGCAAGCUUUUGUGCGAGUACCAGCAAGCUUUGGUGUGAGUACUAGCAAGCUUUGGUGCGAGUACCAGCAAGCUUUUGUGUGAGUACCAGCAAGCUUUGAUGUGAGUAACAGCAUGCUUUGGUGCGAGUACCAGCAAGCUUUGGUGCGAGUACCAGCAAGCUUUGGUGUGAGUACCAGCAAGCUUUGGUGCGAGUACCAGCAAGCUUUGGUGUGAGUACUAGCAAGCUUUGGUGUGAGUACUAGCAAGCUUUGGUGCGAGUACUAGCAAGCUUUGGUGCGAGUACUAGCAAGCUUUGAUGU